UACAGCUUAGCUUGUAAUAAAUCUUUUUAUCUCCAUCUACGGUUCGUAACGUGUAGCUCUAAUAAUUAAAAAUAAUUUAAAAGCUUGAACAAGUCGUUCAAUUAUCUAUUUUAUAUUACCAUUAACUACUUUAAAAUGGCUUCAAUUGAUUUAAAAUCUCCUCAAGGCGUUGAAUAUCUCGAAAACUACUUAAGUUCUAAAAGUUACAUCGUUGGUUUUGAACCGUCAAAAGCUGAUUUAGAUACCUUCGCCCUUAUACAGACUCCUCAAGCUAAAACUCCUAAUGUGUUAAGAUGGUAUAAUCAUAUUAAAUCUUUUUCUGAUAAAGAUAAAGUACAAUUUCCCAACAAAAAGGCUGAUUUUUCAUCAACAGAAGGAAGUUCUUCUAAACCAGCUGAUGAUGAUGAUGAUAUCGAUCUCUUUGGAUCUGAUGAUGAAGAGGAUGAAGAAGCAGAACGUAUUAGACAAGAAAGGCUUAAAGCUUACAGUGAAAAAAAAGCAACCAAAAAAGUUGUUAUUGCUAAAAGUAGUAUAGUAUUGGAUGUUAAACCUUGGGAUGAUGAAACAGAUAUGAAAAAAUUAGAAGAAUGUGUAAGAACGAUACAAAUGGACGGCCUUGUUUGGGGAGCUUCCAAACUGGUUGAAAUUGCAUUUGGUAUAAAGAAACUUCAAAUUAUGUGUGUUGUUGAAGAUGAUAAAGUAUCAGUUGAUGCUCUAGUUGAAUUAAUUCAAGAAUUUGAAGACUUUGUGCAAUCUGUAGAUAUUGCUGCAUUCAAUAAAAUUUAAAUCAAUUAUGUUCUGUAAUUUAAAACUUAACAUAUUUUUUUAAAUAAAUAAAAUUUUUAUUCAUAAUA